AUGGAGCCCGUACCAGAGACCGAGAGGAUGGAGGAGUUCAGAUCCUCCCCAGUCCCAACUCUUCGAUUACAGGAAUCUCCACUUUACGAAAUCCAGAGCAGCGAUGGAGAGACAUCCAAGAGACCCCGUACUACUGAUACAACCCCUCAGUCGCCACGCUCACCAAUAUUUUCCUCGCCCCCGAUACCAUACCGUCCCCGAAACACAUCUCCAUAUUCACGAGGCCAUCUGAGGUCAAAAUCAACGACCAGCACUCUUGCACCUCCUAUGUCUCGAGCUCAAAGCAUGCCUGGAUUCAACGCCGCCGGCCACCUCCUUAUUUCUCCCCAGCAGCGGCCCUCGAGUCCUCUUGGAUCUCCCGAUCGUAUACGAACACCGAGAAAGCCCGUUGAUGAUGUCUUUCCAGGCUUGCCAAACCAAGGCUUGAGGGAUAUUAAGAAGAGGGCAGACUCGUCAUCAGACGACCACACUCCAAGGGCUACGGAACGAAGCAGCUCCCCAGUGCUAGGCUUGCCACACGCAUCUAGCUUCCCACGAACACGCCGCCCAUCCUCCCCUCUUCGAUAUCUAGCUCAGCAGAAUGCUACGGCUAUCAACACGGCUCCUACGACUCCAGGUUCCAUUACAUCCUCUCCCUAUCAGUCCCCAAGAUUGAAUGAUUCCUUACUCGGGACAAAUUCAUAUACAUAUUCUGGCUCGUUCAGUUAUCCUGGUUCAUUCGCCUCAUCUUCUGUACCUUCAACGCCAACUUCUGCAAGAUCCCGAAGUCCAAGCAUAUCUAGUUUAGAAACCAUUCCGGAUUCACCCGAUGCGGAGGAAGCUGCCGUGGAAGCAGAACGGAUAGCACAACUCAAGGCUGAUGCUGAUGCAGCGGAUGGUGGCGACGAUUUAAAGACCAAGGGAACCCAUGAACCUUCAGUAGGUCGCGGAAGAACAAUGGGACCAGGUUUUGGCAGGGACAAACGAAAGCGGUGGAGUGUCUGUGGUGCAGAAAGGAGAGGGGAUCUGAAUCUGGAUACCAUCUGGGAGGAUUGA